CUUUGUUUGUAGCUUUUACUUUACAAUUCGUACAUUCUUUUCCCGACGAUCCAUCGAUAUAUAUAGUCUUCACUAUUGAAACAUCGCCAACAUGCGUUUCUCAACACUCCUUUCAUCAGCGGCGCUGAUGUACCAGGCCGUCUCGGCCGAAUCUGUCGAGUACAAGGAUGCCGAUACGGGAAUUACCUUCCAGCAGUACACCGACAAGAGCAGCAAGUUCUCCUUCGGUAUUGCUCUGCCUAAGAACCCUAGCACCGACUUCAUCGGUCAGAUGACCGUUCCCAUCUCCGAGGGUUAUGGAUCCGUUGGUAUGGGUUCUACCAUGACCAAGAAGCUUCUCGUCGUUGCCUGGCCCAACGACGGCAAGGUUAUUACUUCAGUUCGCCAGGCUGAUGGAUACACCAACCCUGCCGUUCUCGACGAUGAAACCGUCUCUAUCAAGCCUAUCGAGAAGGGUACCAAGGUCGGCACCGACUCUUUCACCUUCACUUUCCUUUGCGAAGGCUGCAUCAAGACCGAUGGUACCACCUUCAAGGCUGCUGAUACCAACGCUGUUCUCAGCUUCGCUAUGAGCACCAUUGCCCUCGACGACCCCACCGACGCUGCUGGUGCUCUCAACUACCAUGGCGCUGGCUUCGGUGGUUACUCCCUUGACACUGCAGCUGCCCAGUCUGCCGAGUUUGAGACCUGGGCCAAGCUUGCGUCCGAUGCCACUACUCCCGGCAUCAGCCCCGGAGGCAGCACUGGUUCCAACCCUGGAAACUUCACUACCAUUGUUUCCAACGCUACAUACGACUACAUCGUUGUUGGUGGCGGCACUGCCGGUCUCAUUGUCGCUGAGCGUCUCGUUGAGUCCAAGAAGUCUGUUCUUCUUCUUGAGCAGGGCAAGGCCUCUUUCUACGAGUCUGGUGGCCGCUCUACAAUGGACUGGAACGACACCGUCACUCAGUACGAUGUCCCUUCUAUGGCCUACUACCUCACUACGGCCAAGGACACCUCUGCCUACUGCACUGACACCGCUAGUAUGGCUGGUUGCAUCCUCGGUGGCUCAAGUGUCAUCAACGCCAUGAUGUUUGUCCGCCCUCAGCCUGCUGACUUUGACGACAAGUGGCCUACUGGCUGGAAGUGGCAGGAUGUUGAGAACUCCGCCAAUAAGCUCUACGAGCGUACCCCCGGUACCACUAGCCCUACCAAGGACGGCAAGCGAGUCGACCAGAACGCUUGGAACGUCCUAUCCAAGUUUUUCUCUGCCAACGGUUUCACCGAGGUUGAUGCCAUCGAGGAGCCUAGCAAGAAGAAGUCUGUCUUCACUCACCCUCCUCUGAUGGUCAACGACGGUCUCCGCGCCGGUCCCGUCCGUGACUACCUCCCUCUUGCUCAGGCCAACAACAACUUCAAGCUCCAGCUCAACACCAAGGUCCUCCGUGUCAUCCGUGAGGGUAAGGCUGUCACCGGUAUUGAGGUCCAGUCGGGUCCUUCUACUCGCCAGAUCAUCAACCUCAAGACCAACGGUGCCGUCGUCCUUGCCGCCGGCUCUCUCGCCACUCCUCGCCUUCUUGUCAACUCUGGUAUUGGUCCUUCUGAGCAGAUUGAGGCCGUUGCCAGCGGAAGCCAGCGCCUCACCAUGCCCGCCAAGGAUCAGUGGCUCGACCUCCCCGUCGGAGAGAACCUCAAGGAUCACCCUAUCUUCACCGUCAAGAUGAAGACCAAGCAGCCUAUGUCAGCUCUCACCGAGACCGACUUCACCAAGCCUAGCCAGACCAACAUCGAUCUUUUCGCCCAGGGCGACGGUCUCCUUGCUCAAUCUGGCCAGCGCUUCAUCUUCUGGGAUACUGUCGAGGGCUCCGAUGGUGUUGAGCGAUACGUGCAGGGUACUUGCGCUGCCGCUGGUAACGAUACUGUCAAGGUCAAGGUCUACCUUACCCACGGUGCUACCUCCAGCGGUUCUCUUACCGUCACCAGCUCUGGUGCGACCAAGCUUGUCGGCGAGCCUUACCUCAAGACUGCAGGCGACAAGGAAGCUGUCAAGAGCUUCAUGAACAAGCUCAUCAGUUUUGCCUCCAAGCCCAACAGCACCCUCAGCAUCGCCAGUAAUGCUACCGCCGAGAGCCUCAUGGCCGAGUACGUCAGCGGUUCUCACUUUGUCGGUUCUGCCAUCAUGGGCACCGAGAACGAUGGUACCAGCGUUGUCGAUACUGACACCAAGGUCUGGGGUACUGAGAACCUGUUCGUCGUUGACGGUUCCAUCCACCCUGAUCUUCCUACUGGUAACACCCAGGCCAUCAUCAUGGUCGCUGCUGAGCACGCCGCUUCCAAGAUCCUCGGCGGCGGAAACGGUGCUACCAGCCCUGUUGUUCCCAGCAACGGCACUGUCCCCGUUCCUACUACUCCUAUCAGCACUCCCGUCGCUACCAAGAGGCCUUCCAAGUGCAAGAGGUCUAUGCGACAGCGCCGCCACCACCGUCGCCUGUAG